AUGGCUGCAGCGGAGACCGCCUUGCCCUCCAUCAGCACGCUGACCACCCUGGGCCCCUUCUUGGACACACAGGAAGACUUCCUCAAGUGGUGGCGCUCUGAAGAGGUGCAGGACUUGGGCCCAGGCCCCCCCGACCCCACAGGGCCACCCCUUCACGUGAGGCCUGAGUUGGAGGACACGCCCGGGGAGGACGAAGACGAUGAGAGGGACGCGGCUACCCCCUGGGACCUGGAUCUCCUCCUCACCAACUUUCCGUGCCCAGAGCCGGGCACCGCGCUCCAGACCUGCGUCCCCCAGACUUGCGCUCUGGCGCCUGGCGAAGGUUCCGGGGUGCAAUUCCCACUGCCGCCCGAGACUCUGGGCGCGUACGCGGGAGGCCCGGGGCUGGUGGCUGGGCUCUUGGGUCCCGAGGAGCACCCGGGCUGGGCGCGCCCGACCCCACGAACCCCGGCUCCCGAUGCCUUCGUGGGCCCAGCCCUGAUUCCAGCCCCCGAGCACAAGGCGCUGCCGCUGCAGCCGAUGUACCCGGGACCGGGUGCGGGUUCCUCCAGCAGCUAUUUCUCCCGGACGGGGCUUUCAGUGCCUGCAGCGCCGGGAGCCCCCUACGGGCUGCUGUCGGGGUACUCUGCGCUGUACCCGAUGCCGCAGUACCAAGGGCACUUCCAGCUCUUCCGCGGGCUCCAGGCUCCGGCGCCCGGUCCCGCCACGCCCCACUCCUUCCUGAGUUGUCUAGGGCCCGGGACGACGGGUGCAGGACUCGGGGGGACCACAGGAGACCCAGGAGGGACCGCGGAGGCCGCGCCACCCAAGCGCAGCAGGCGAUCGUGGGCGCGCAAGAGGCAGGCUGCGCACACGUGCACGCACCCGGGCUGCGGAAAGAGCUACACCAAGAGUUCUCACCUGAAGGCGCAUCUACGCACGCACACAGGGGAGAAGCCAUACGCCUGCACGUGGGACGGCUGUGGCUGGAGGUUCGCGCGCUCCGACGAGCUGACCCGUCACUACCGAAAGCACACCGGUCAGCGUCCCUUCCGCUGCCAGCUCUGUUCGCGUGCUUUUUCGCGCUCGGAUCAUCUGGCCUUGCACAUGAAGCGUCAUCUCUGAGCCCCGCCCCGGCACUUGGACCUUUUCUGGGGACUGGGGUGAGAACAAGAACGGAUCCAGGCACGGUGGUUUUCCCUCGGAGGAACCCUCGUCUGGACUCUUGGGCCCACAGAUCCACCAAGGACUGGCCCAUAGACAGACCUGGGGGAGCCUCCAGCAGAAGUUCCCACAUGUCCUUGACCAAAGGGAGCCGCAGACACACGGUCAUGCAGACCGAGCGAGACAGACCUCCAA